UCAAACAAAGCGCGGUGCGCUCGCUGGGCCGAUCUUCUCCCUCCCUCUCUCGCUCCUUCACUCCCUCCCUCACUCACUCCCCCAGGCUGAUGCGGCGGGCCAGGUCGCGGCUGAGGUAACGGACGACGCCCGCCCGCACCGCCAGCCCGCACCAGCCAGCACCGCAGGAGCCGGUACCGGUCGCCAUGGAAUUCCAGCAGUUCGUCGACAUCGCGGACAAAUGGUGCUACAACACCCCGUUCGAGCUGAUCGCCACCGAGGAGGCGGAGAGCCGCCUGGAUUUCUACGCGGAUCCCGGCGUUUCUUUCUACGUCCUGUGCCCAGACAGUGACUUCAGGGAUAAUUUUCAUGUGUGGAGUGAAAGUGAAGACUGUCUACCAUUCCUACAAUUGGUGCAAGAAUACAUUUUAUCCUGUGGAAAGAAGACACUCUCUGAAGUACUGGAAAAAGUCUUCAAAUCAUUCAAGCCUUUGCUGGGUCUUCCAGACGUAGAUGACGACGCAUUUGAAGAUUACAAUGCUGAUGUUGAAGAGGAGGAGCCUGAAGCAGACAGCCAGCACAUGAGCGUCAGCCAACAAUAAAUGUGUGCAGAGCAAAGUCGGCUUGCAUGAAGUUCAAUUGUUUUAUUGUUUCAUCUUUUCAGCCUUUAUUUGGAUCAAGUUCAAAUAACAUACCUAAAUUACAUUAAAUUUGUUCUGUACAUUGCUUAAUGUUCAUAAUUGUCUCAUUGAAAACUUUAAAAAAUGAGUCAUGGUAUGGAGGUAAAUGUACUAAACUGCCUUUUGAGGAAAAUAAAUUCACUGUAUGGUCAUACUUACAUUGAGGAGAUUUGCGGUCAGUAUUUUAAGUUGGGCUUUUAUUUAGAUGGGGGGAUUUUUUGUUGAUUGAUUUAUCCAUUAAUUUCAAUUUAUGUGACUUUUAAGCAGCACUGGACAAUUCCCUGCCAAAAUACUCCAACGUCGUUAGGGAUUUUUACUGGAAAAAAAGUAUUAUUAGAUUAAUAGAUGGAAUUGCUUAGAUUAUACAGCACUGAAAUAGACCCACAUAGACUGUGCUGGUAUUGUGUUCCAUACAUGCCCUACUUUAUGUAAACCAGUCUGCAUAUCAUUCAUAAAUUGUAUUUCAAAUACCCUCUUGAUAAAAUUUUAAAGGAUAUUAAUUGUGCUUAUUUAAGUAUAGUUGCCCAACAAUAAAUUUGAAACUAAGCAAUCAGUUGUGAUGUCCAGAGAGUAACUGUUUGAUAUAGAUUUCUCUAAGUUUCCAUCAGGUAGUUUUAUAGUGAUUAUUUAAAUUUAAAUGUCCUUGAGGACACUUUAAUUAAACUGCAACAUUGACUUAGAACUGACAUCUGCUUGCAUAAACCGUUACAUAGCAAAAUCAAAAGAAUGUGCUGUUAAGUAGAAGCUUGAGGACAUUACUGUUUUCUGCUACGGCUGUACCUAUUGCAGAUACUCUAUGCUGUACUGCAUUAAUUAUUGCUUGCUUUUAAUGCACUGCAGUUUGUUGGGUACUUUACUGUUUUACUUCCUGAGCAUCUUAGACAAAUUUACAGCUAUGACAUUCCCAGUUGUAGAUCAAAAAUUGCACCGUCUUUAGCUCUUUGUGAAUGUGUGUUAAUAGAAGGAGCUGUAAACUUGCUUUUAGUUGGAGGAGGACAGUACUGUGUAUGAAAGAAUUACAAAGGUAACACUCAUUGAAUAAUGAAUGUUUUAUUUGGUAUGUUGUAAGUGGUAAAUUGUAUUGUAUGUGGCCUGUGGAUCCUUUGUACUGUAUGUCAAUAUUAUAAAACAGAAUGGCUUGUGUAAUCCUAGAACAUUUGAGAUUGCAAAACAAAAACGUGAUGUUUUAAGAUGCCUUUUUAAUGAGCUGAUGGUUUAAAGCAAGUCGGUGUGUUCCUUUGCCUGCAGUUAGUUAUUGACUUGGGUAAGGCAGGCUAUAGAUAGCAGCAGUGUUUAAUGUAAAUAUUCUGUUCUACAGUAUAUGUACUGUACAGAUAAUCAAAGUAAAAGCUUGGUCUGUACUUUGUGAAGCAGUACCCAGUGUUUUAAUGUUAUGACAGUUAAGUAUCUGGUAUUUUGCAUUGCAAAGGAGGGAGUAUACUGUUGAUAGCUGUUGAUUUGCACCUCAAUGCAUGGCUGGUUGAUAUAGGAGGUAUUUUAAUUUCUGUAGUUUAUAAAAAAGACUUUAUAGUUGAUGUGUCCUGGUCUUUUGCAAUCUGCAGCACUUCAUUUAUAGAUACCUCAAUGCUUUUGUUGACCUAUCAGUCUGGGUAUAAAAAAAGUUUUAAAAUAAAUUGAACCAAUCAAUUUCUAAUAUAAAUUAGCCUCUUAAACCUUUAAAAUUAUAUUGGAUUUAAUAAAAUAUAGUAUUAUCUUUCCUUUCACAUUAAAGCAUUACUUUAAUGUAUUUAGACUCAAUUUGUAAAGCACAUGUUUAUUUGUUUUAAUAGUUAUGAUGGUUAACAAACGGCUACUGUAAUACAUGCUCAACACUAAAUAUGCUGAAAAUAAAUUAUUCAAACAUUG